AUGGAUACCGAUAGCUGGAAGGAUAAAGAGCCAAAGGAUUGGAAUUUUGUAGAUGUCUAUUCUUGGCAAGAACAAUUCAGGAAAGGUUACAGUUUGAAGGCUGUAUUUGAUUUUGAAUACAAUGAAAACCCUUUACCUGAUGGAGAGCAACUGGCGGGGUUCUCUCCGCCCGUAGCCUUCUAUGGCUCUCCAGCCAACUCGAUUCACUCAACAUCUAGUUCUGAUGGAUCAACCAAAACUCCACAAUCCAAGUUGCCAAAAACAGACGAAGACUAUUCUUUCUAUGAUUCAUUACCUGCACCGACUUGGGACUAUAUUCCAGAAUCAUCAAACUUGGAUACCACCGUGAAAAGUGUUUUUCGAUUCCUUUACUUGAGGAAAAAAAUUUAUUCACAUGUAAAUCUUAUCAUACAAAGCGAACUUGAACAGAUAAUUCAAUAUGUUCACCAAUAUUCAAAUGCAGUAACAACUCAGAGCUCAAAUGAUAUAAAGGAAAAUAUAUCGGCUUCACUUUUAAAUUUACCAGGGGCCUGUCUCCCAUUAGGAUAUAUUACUUGUAUUUAA